GGAAAGGUGUGUGUAGAGGGACGAGAGACGUCUCCGUGUGAUGCACAUACUAAACUGCACAUAAACAGUCGCGUGCAGUUACCCCAAUGAUUGUAGGCUCUAUGUCAGAUACUACAGCAUUGUCGCAACUGCAAGCUGUCAAUUGUGUCGUGCCACCUACCACUUGUCCCAAUGUUGGACCCUCGUCGCCUACGCCCAUGUUACCGUCUUUCGGUUUCACCCAAGAGCAGGUGGCCUGCGUUUGUGAAGUCUUACAACAAUCGGGCAACAUCGAGAGACUCGGACGAUUUCUCUGGUCCCUACCUGCCUGCGAGCAUUUACAAAAGAACGAGAGCGUCCUCAAGGCCAAGGCUCUCGUAGCCUUUCAUCGAGGUAAUUUCAAAGAACUCUAUCGAAUUUUAGAGAGUCACAACUUUUCGCCCGCCUCCCAUCCUAAACUUCAGGCUCUAUGGUUGAAAGCUCACUACAUAGAGGCGGAGAGGUUGAGAGGUAGGCCCUUGGGAGCCGUGGGCAAGUAUAGGAUCAGAAGGAAAUUCCCGCUACCUAGGACUAUCUGGGAUGGAGAAGAAACUAGUUACUGCUUCAAAGAGAAAUCACGUAAUGUGUUGAGGGAGUGGUACGCUCACAAUCCGUACCCUUCUCCUCGAGAGAAGAGGGAAUUGGCGGAGGCCACUGGGCUCACCACCACACAAGUCAGCAACUGGUUCAAGAAUCGAAGGCAGAGAGAUCGAGCGGCAGAAGCUAAAGAAAGGGAGACAGGAACGGAUAAGGGGAAGAUUUCCGAUAGUUCAACGUCCAGCAAAGGGGAUUUAAUGGGCUCCGAGAGCACCGAUAGAAAAUCUAACGAUGGUCCAAUAGGGCAGAAGCACCAUCAGCAUCCCUCUUCGACAGAUCGCUCCAAUGGGUUGUAUUCGGACGGGAUUAAACCCUCAGUUAAUGGACUCGAAGGUGUUCUAAGUGGAGGAACACCACCAAACGUCUCUGCUCAGAAUUUUCGUCUACUAGAACUACCCAGUACAGCAACUGUUCCAUUGGUGACGCCUCCUCUGACAGACAUCACCCUCGGUCUAACUAGCGACUAUCAGACAUUAUGAUGCCGACCAAUGAAAGAAGGACUCUUAUUUAUGAAGGAGCUACUAAGUUCGGGUGUAAAUUAAUAUUAAAACUAAUAAUAAACUAAUUAUGUUGUGGAAGGGUGCGGUGCUGCAGAAAGUGGGAGCCAGCAUCCUAUAAAAAAAA